GAAGGAAAAAUCAAAACAUUCAUCGACUAAUUAAUUAAAUGAAUUAUCUUAAAAUGUCUGCACCUAUUGAUGAUGUCGGAGAUUAUUCCCAAGCUAAGAGACAGAGCCGAGUGCGGCGCAAGCCAACUAUAUGGAGCCGCGAGAAGAUUUCCAAACUAAUCCAGCUGUACCGAAAUUCGGAUUGUUUAUGGAACCACUACUCGGAUUUGUAUAAAAAUAAAGAUUGUCGACGAAAGCGACUAAAAGCAUUUGUACAACUCUUGGAAUUACCAAAAACGAUUAUGGGAAAAAAGUUCAUAGCUUGCGAAAUCAAUUCAAUUCAGAAUUGAAAAAGUUGGAGCGUCGUCAGGAGGAGACGGGUGGUGAUUCCAGUCCCAUGGCUGACAAGACGAAUUGUCGGUGGGAACAUUUUCAAUCUCUGAUGUUUUUGCGCUCUAUUAUUGAGCCGAGACCUGGAUAUCAACAAAAUGGCCCUACACAAUGCAAGAAACUGAGUGCAAAACUGAAAGGCGUCAGUAACGACGUAGAAGAAGUAGAAACACAGAGCCCAUCUUCAGUAUCGAAAGGCCAAUUCGAGUCCAUGGACCAACUGGUCACUGUUGUAGACGAAAGUAAAGCGCAUCAAAGCUUCUGUGAAACAAUUGAAACGUGCGUUCCUGAAUAUGCAUCCUCUAUCCUAUCUGCAUCGACCACUUGCACAAGCUCUAUUCCAACGCGACAAGUAGAUGCGGCAGGAACGUUGUCUGUCCCAGCACACGUCAGCAAUGCACGGGAUCAGUGGGACUCGUUUGGUGAACUAAUAGCUAAUGAGUUUCGCAACCUGAAUUCGGACAUUUCACGCAAGAGACUCAAACGGAAAAUAAUGCAAGUUAUGCUGGAAGUCGGAGAAGAGGAUGAUAGAGAAAAUGCUGGACCCAAUAGUUGACAUAUGUACAUGUUACAUGUUAAACAAAAUAAAUAAGU